CCAAACCGAAGUAUGAAAGGUAUUCAGGAGAGAGAAAGCGAGGCUUUCUUCUCCUCUCCCUUCUCUCCUUCACAUCGUCCGACAGAGGCUUCCAGCCUCUCCUUCACCGAUCAACUUUCGGCCAGCUCCGGGAAGCGAUCGACGCCAUGCACGGCCACAGCUUUGAUCCCAACCUGAAUCUAAAGAGAGACAGAAACGUUUAGCCAUUGAUUACGGCGACCUUCCUCGCUUCCGGCAAGAAUCAAGACCAUAGCUCCGCUGAAGCCGAUUUCCCGUCCACUGUGCGGCGGUCUAGCGAGGUCAUUAGAGACAGAAUUUUCUUUUCUUUGCCGUAGAUCAUAAGCUUGCAAUCCAAUUUUGAAUCGGGUUGAGGUUGUUGCUCUUUCACCAAUGUACUAGAUUGAAACUAUAUAUGAUUCCUUCUCAAACAAUGAGCACCACAACUGAGCCUCAAAACACACCUGGAUUGAUUAUAUCGACCACUGAACCCAUUCGUUCCUUUCUCCUUUCAGCUUCCAAACAACCACACCUUUCUCAGAACCUUCGAGCCCUUGCUUCCACUCUCCUCACUCAAAAUAAUAUACACUACAAGUCUCUACGUAGCUUAUGGAUAGCAUGCCAGCCUUCCAACCGACCUGAUUUGGCCAGCCUCUUCUCAGGAUCUGAAUUCCUCUUUACUAGUCCUAAACCUAGAGAAAAGAGUGAAGCGUUAAAGGCAAGACUGAGGAAACUUGAGGAAUUGGCAGAGAGGAAUGCAUACCAGAAGCUUGUUAUGGAUAUUACACCAAGGAACGACGAGACUGAGCCUUUCUCCUCUUACAAGGAUCAGCUUGGUUUUGGUUUACAUGUUGCUCUAACCAUGUUUACUGGCUACUUGGUGGGAUAUGCAACAUUUAGGGCAUUGUUUGGCCACAAUCUUGGAAUGAGUGCUGCUGGAGGGAUUCUUGGUCUAGUUUGUGGAAUGCUUGUAGAAACUUUGCUUUUUAUUAUCAGAACUUCUAACCAAGAUCGUCGAUCCUCAACUUCUACACUAAAGAAGAAUCAGUAGACUUGCUAUAGAGAGGCUGGUUUUUCGAAUCUUUGUCAUUUAAUGCUGAGUUGAAAAGGUAUUUAACUAUAUUGUAGACAGUUCAUCUGGUUAUGUGUUCACAAUGUAGGUUGCUCUCAUAGAUUCACAACAGAUUGUUUUUAUAUAUAUUAUACAUUUUACUUUCAAAUGGUCAACAAUUUUUCAAAGGCUGGAGGUAAAUAGGCCUUUUAGCUACACCUUUUGUUAUUAAAACAUCACUAUGCCUUGUAAUCUUGGAUGUGUCUCGAGUUGUUUUUCAAUACCAGUGUUUUGUUAUCACAAAAA